UAGACCCAUCCAGUUCACAAUCCACAUCUAUUACUCCAGAAAAUGUAGAAUUAGAAAGUGAUGGACAGGAAUUGAAAAUAACUUGUAGGUCUAGAUCAAAGUAAAGUUUAUCUUUUUUACUUUUAAGCAGGUAGAAUGAUUGCACCUGUUGCGCCCGUUGCUUCGCUGAUUGCUGUAAUAAAUGAGGCCCACCAAAGUAUUAUGGCUUUAUUUGGUGCUGUAUUUAAUUCACAUUCUCAAAACUUCAUCACGGGAUGCUGAAUCGAUGUAUCGCAAUUCUUUUUUUUUAAUUUUUUUUUUGUCACUUCACACCUAAUUAUCCAUGUCACACAUUAAUUUAUUUUGGUCUUUAUUUUGAUCCACAUUAAUAUCGUGAUAUAAAACAGUUUUAUUUCUUCGACAUCAGCAGGACUAAACAUAUCAAUUAUUCAUUUAUCCUGUUGCUUUCUUGGUAAAAUUGACCUGGUUAUUGAAUCGUGAUAUGAAUCGUAUCAUAGUGCCUGAUUCACAAUACACAUCGUAUCGUGACUGCAGUGGCAAUACCCAGCACUAAUUUAAUUAUAAGGAAGAAGCAUACAGUUAUUGCCCUUGUAGGCUCUACUUUUUCACAGAUUGUAAUUGUUUAAGAUUUAAAAGAAAUGGUCUAUAGACUGUAAAAACAGCUGUUGUUAAAACUAGUAAAAGGCACUGAUAAUUUAAAGAGUCAUUAUGGAAGAUUAGAUAAAGAACUGCCAGUUCUCACUACAAUAGUUAAAACCUAGAUGUAAAGGGAAUAUGCUGAAAAUUUCAGUCGAAUUGCUCCACUCGAAACCAAGAUAUUAAUGUUUGAAUUUUAGGCCUAGCCUUGGUCAUCAUUACUAAAAACAUAGUCUCGAUUAUCCAUUUUUGGAUUAAAUCAUCAAUGAGCGUUAAGCUGCAAAUUGGAUACAAAUCCAGUGAAAAUUCGACACAUAAAAUGGCAUCAAGAGUUGAUUAUGGUCUUUUCAUGUUAAGAAAUGUCUGAUUAAUAGUUUAUAUAACGUUUAAGGCCUAAAGAAAGACCUGUAAUAGGCAGAUUUAGCUCUUACAUAAUGCAUGUUUAACAGGGCUGCUGGCAAACUUUCCCUGCACUUUCAAUAUCUGGAUUUAUUAUUUAUUAUAUUAUUUUCUAGGGAAAGAUAAUCAUAUUACAAGAUAUGACAUUUCCUGGUUAAAAGAAAAUUCAUUUUCAACAGAAAGUAAACAACGAAUAAAACAGUUUUUUUGGACUGGAGAAAAGAUGAGAUCUGAAGAUCGACCAGUAGUUGAUUAUGAAGAUCACAUGAAAACAGAAGAAGGGUUAAAACAGUCCCUAUAUUACUUGUUAAAGUAUGGUUUUACAAUUGUUCAAGGGGCACCUGCUACUAUUGAAGAUACAGGAAAAGUUUCUGAACGUGUGGCUAAUAUUAUGGAAACUUGUUUUGGUCGUGUAUGGAGUUUUACCGCCGACUUAGAGAGAGCUGAUACUGCUUAUAGUAAUGUUGGUCUAGGUUGUCAUACGGAUACAUCAUAUUUAACAUGUCCAGCUGGGAUACAAGUAUUUCAUUGUAUAGAACAUGAUGGUGAAGGGGGAGAAACUCUGUUAGUCGAUGGUUUUCAAGCUGCUCAUAAACUAAGACAAGACCAUGAACAGGACUUUAAUUAUUUAACCCGUGCUAUUGUACCUCAUGAAUUUCUGGAUAAGAAAACUAAAGAUCAUUAUCGUAGUCUUGGUCCUGUCCUGUCAGUUUCACCAAAUUCAAGGGAGUUAACCCAUAUCAGAUUCAACAUGUACGAUUUAGCACCUUUAUCUACCAUUCCACAAAAUGAGAUGAAGCAAUUUUACACAGCUUAUAACAGACUACGAACAAACCUGGUGAAUCCGGCUAAUGAAUUUUGGUUGAAGUUAAAACCUGGUAUGGUAUUAUUUGUUGAUAAUUGGCGUGUUUUACAUGGUAGAUCUAGUUUUACUGGUAAACGGGUAGUUUGUGGUUGCUAUAUCAACAAAAAUGAUCUUAAUAAUACCUACAGAAGACACGAUAUGUUGUAGGUUAUGAAAACUGAAUGGACUGAAAACAGGUGCACACUGUCCACCCGGUCUUAGUUUUUUUAUAUGUAUAUUGUCGUCGCCCCUGUGUCCACAAUUUGUUUGUUUGACGAAACUUGAAAUACAGGUUCAUCUCCAAAAGAUCUUGGUUCCUUUCGGUAUUAGCAUGUAUCGGAUCGAAACUUCAUGGAUUAUGACACCUUAUUGUACGAAAAAUCACGUUUUUGACUGUGAACACUCUAAAGGUCACAAUUUUUAUCUGAUAUGCAUGAAACUUGAAAUGUAUGAUUAUAACCCAAAGAUCUCAGUUCAUUUAGAUAUUUGCACAUAUCGCACCGCAACUUCUGGAUUAUGGCCCCUGAUUAUACAAAAAAAUCGCGAUUUUAGCAUGUGGACCCUUUAGAGGUCACAAUUUUUAUCAUAUUUUAAAAACCUUUUAAAUAUAUCACUGUGACAUCUUAAUGACAUGUAAGUUCAAAUUUCGAGAAAAUAGCCGUUUCUUGUACCCAAAUAGUGUAAAAGUAUGUAAUACCAAGGUUGUGGACCCUCUAAAAGUCACAAUUUUUAUCAGAUUAUGAUAAAACUUAAAAUAUAUUUUUAUGUCCCAAAGAUCUCGAUUCCUGUCGUAUUCGCGCAUAUUAGAUCAUAACUUCCUGGAUCAUGGCCCCUCAUUGUACGAAAAAUCGUUUAAAUAUAUCAUUGUUACAUGGUUGAGUUCCUGCAGAUAUUCAUGCAUAUCGGACCGUAACUUCCUGGAUUAUGGCCCCUGAUUGUACAAAAAAUUGCUUCUUUUUUAACUUGUUCACUUUCUAUCUCUUGCAAAAUGUAGCAUAUCUUGCAUGGCAACUGCGUGUUUUAUUCUUUCUAAUUUAAUCAAUGCGAGUUGUUGAGACUUAUUGGUCCAAUUGUAAUUUGGUUUUUUUUUAUUUUAUGAUUUCUUGGUUAUAUUAUAAAUAUUGUAAAAUAAUGUGAUUUUAUUCAGUUUGACAUGAUUGAACGAUACAAUUGGUAUGAUUGAACGAUACGAUUGAACGAUACAAUUGGUAUGAGAGAACGAUACAAUUGGUAUGAGUGAACGAUACAAUUGGUAUGAUUGAAUGAUACAAUUGGUAUGAUUGAAUGAUACAAUUGAACGAUACAAUUGGUAUGAGAGAACGAUACAAUUAGUAUAAUUGAACUAUACAAUUAGUAUAAUUGAACUAUACAAUUCGUAUGAUUGAACUAUACAAUUUGUAUGAUUGAACUAUACAAUUGGUAUGAUUGAACGAUACAAUUGGUAUGAUUGAACUAUACAAUUCGUAUGAUUGAACUAUACAAUUGGUAUGAUUGAACGAUACAAUUGGUAUGAUUGAACGAUACAAUUCGCAUGAUUGAACUAUACAAUUCGUAUGAUUGAACUAUACAAUUCAUAUGAUUGAACGAUACAAUUCGUAUGAUUGAACUAUACAAUUCGUAUAAUUGAAUGAUACAAUUGGUAUGAUUGAACUAUACAAUUCGUAUGAUUGAACUAUACAAUUGGUAUGAGAGAAAUUAGUUAAUCCAUCAAGGAAAUAGUUUAUGAUUUUAAAAUCCUUUUCGAAGAGUGAAGCAAAUACUCAUGCCAGUUUGCUCAAAGAAGGGGCGGUGUUUCAAUUUUUGAAAAUUAAAAGAAUUAAUGUUAAUCUUCAAUCUGCUUAAAACACAGAUCCUAUUUCGUUUCGUUUUUUAUAGUUCAAAAUUUCAUUUUACUUGUCUUUACUACGCUAGGAUCUGGAAGAGUUGUUAUAUAAUACUGUUCUGGUUGAAGUGAGGAAUUAGCCAAUGAAACGGUCUGUUAUGGCGAGUCCUUGGCGUGCGACGCACGGAACUGUGGGUAAACCACUAGAAACGUCAACGCUGAUUGAUUAAUCAAGGUUGGACAUCAUAUGAUCAAAAGCCGCUGGUACGACCUCUGAUGCGACCUUCCACUACAACCGGUCAGAUCUUCAUGUAGUGUAGGCCAUCGAAAGUAUAAAAAAAACGAAAUGAGAGAGAGAGAGAGAGAGAGAGAUGGGGUUUAACGUCCACUCGACACAAACUUGGUCAUUUCGGGACUAACAUAUGGUUCAAUUUUAUUUCAAUAAUUCGCUUGCGUGUAGGGGUCUUUAGCAGUGGGGGGAAACCGGAGGACCCGGAGAAAACCCACAAGGUUGGACAGGCGACCCUACUCCUUUUCACGUACAACCGGAGAUUCGAAACCACGCCAGCUGACUCAAUGACAGGCUUCAUGAUACAGCGCGCACGUGCUAACCAUUCAGCCAUCCAACCCCCCUGAAAUGAAAGAUAGAUCUAUAUUUUAAUCAGAUUGGUUUAUCUUGAAUAUGUUAUUCUGUAAAAUGUAUUAUGUUUAUUUUCAUGUUGAAUAUGUUAUUCUGUAAAAUUUAUUAUGUUUAUUUUCAUGUUGAAUAUGUUAUUCUGUAAAAUGUAUUAUGUUUAUUUUCAUGUUGAAUAUGUUAUUGUGUAAAAUGUAUUAUGUUUAUUUUCAUGUUGAAUAUGUUAUUCUGUAAAAUGUAUUAUGUUUAUUUUCAUGUUGAAUAUGUUAUUCUGUAAAAUGUAUUAUGUUUAUUUUCAUGUUGAAUAUGUUAUUCUGUAAAAUGUAUUAUGUUUAUUUUCAUGUUGAAAAUUAUGAUGCCUCUUUAUGGCCGCCUUGUAAAAAGCUAAACCAGCAGUUACUUACACACAUACAAUGUUAGAAUCCCACUAUGUGGGGAAGUUAUGUACACAAAAAAAAGUUAUGUUUCAUUAUAAAGAUUUGUUUUGUUACUGAAAAUAAAUGAUUACCUUUUCA